UCUGCGUCUAUUUCGGUACAGACACUUUUCUGUGCUCAACUUUUAGUGUCCUUUGCCCCAUUGCAUUUACCACAUGGAUCUCAGUGCUUGACAGGGGGCCGUGGAUUCAUCUCUCUACCCCAGACAUGGAAUACACAAUCAAAAGGAAGAUGGUGAGCUGACCAAACUGGGGGACCAUACAGACUCAAACAUCUUCAACCUUCUGCAGAGGUGUGAUCGGUGUCAACUAUCAGCCUUCACCAUGACCUGCGUGGAGAAGCGUCAAUGCGUGAGCCACCGGAGCACCAUGCUCCACCACCGCUUCCCCAACGGCUUCACUGAGAUCUUCAUGGACGAGACGGAUCGAGAGGUCAGCACUCUCACCGACCGCGCCUUCCGGAGCCUGUGCAUCGGAGACGAGGCCGCCUACAACGAUGAGUUCUCAUACGGAUACCCUUUCAGCUGUCACAAGCCCCUAGUGGAGGAGCCCCUGAAAAGGACUAAAGACACUGGUAAAAAGCACCAAAUCAAUGGUGCCAUUGCCACUCAACCCUGGAAGCAGCAGAAGAGCAUGUCCAGUUUGACUCUCCUCAAGACAUUUAGUGCUACAGAGGAGAAAUGUGAGGACAUGCUGAUUAAAAACGGUGAUUUUAAGGACACUAAUGGAGACUCUUGGGAUAAGUCGGCCCUCCUCAGCAUCGAAAGGGAACUAUCGGAAUUCUCCUCAGAUUAUAACAACCUCAUAGCCAAGAAAUCAGGCAAGGAUGCAAAGUUCUCGAAGACAAAAAACUGCAAAUCCAACUUCAAGCUGCGGAAACUGAACAUCAAAAACUGUUUCCUCCACAGCGAGUUCAGCCCAUUCCAAUCGUGGAGGGAUUUUAACCGCUUUCCGUUCGGCCAGGAAGACAUCGCCUCCAUUCCCCAUGUGGUGGACAACCUCCCUAAGUGGUAUGACUCCCCUUUAUACAAAGAACUGACUGAGGCACAUAGAAUAGAGACUUUGCGUGCAGAGGAGAUGGAGCAGCAGUGCCAGAAACCAGUUGAACCCCCUCCUCCUCCUCGUCCUCCACCCAAGGUUCUGCCAAAACCCUCUGCCCCUGAGAAGAGGUGUGCAUCAGACACCUCUUCUCAGGGUGAAACCAGCACCCCCUGGAGAAGAAACAGAGUGAGAGUCAAGAGUGCUGUGCCUGUCAACCAACCAGGACUACUUUGCACUCCCACUGAAACCCCCAAACCGGUGGAGAAGAGUCCUCUGCCUUAUAAAAAGGAAGUAAAGUCGAUAAAGGUGAAAAAAGUGGAGGAGCCGUGCUCUUUGACCUCUACUCCAUUCAGCAUUUCUCAGCUGAUGACACCCAUAAUACCAUCCAGACAGGCCACAGACACCUCAGAGGUCCUGUCAGCAGUGCUCUCUCCCUCUCUCCUUGAUCUCACCCGCCUAGACUUAGAGCAUGUGUCGCCAGUCAAAUCGAGGUCGACCCCAGAGGUCAUCAAACGAGAUAGCUACAAAUCCAUCGCGUCCAGUUUGUUGUUCAACCUCAAGGAUAACAGGAAGAGGGUCAAGAGCAGGUACAGCCCGCCAAAGUUCAAAACCGAACAGGUGGAUCGACGUACUCUGUCUCCAAAGCUGCUGGAACAGAGACUACUCAAAUAUGCACAAGCUCCUUCUGACGUUACAGCGUCUGGCUUCAGUACACCUGCCAUUCUAGCCUCUGGCUUCAGUACACCUGCCAUUCUAGCCUCCGGCUUCACUACACCUGCCAUUCUAUUAGAUGGACAACCUAUCUGUAGCCCUGAUGUUUCGGAAUCUAGCAAUGCUCGUCUUAGGAAAUAUCUAGAUUCUGAUAUAUCAGACGAUUACUUGAUGUCCAAUUUAUUGCAAACCAAAAGAGAGGCUGCGGGUAGCAGGAGCCCCGGGUCUCCCUUUUCACACCCAAAGGUGAACAAGAGCCCUCUGACUAAGAAACAAAUGUACCCAACUCUGAACUUGUACAAUAGUCUUGUAGAGCCAGAAAUUAAACACUUCUCACCGUCUAUGAAUAAGGAUAUCACACCAAACAAAGGGCUUUCUCCGAAUAUGUCAGACAACACAAAAGACCAACCUACUACACAAAAGGAAGGAAUUUCUCAGAAUAUAUCAGAAAAGCCAGUAAAAGAGAUGUCGAAGCUAAAGGAGAAAGGCGUUGGUGACCAGCCUGUACAUACAAGAACGAAUAGGGAAGCAUUACCUAUAGCACAAAACAAAGUGUUAUCUCCAAAUAUAACAGACAAUGCGAAACAGCCAACAAAAGACACAGUGGAAUUUAAGGAAAAACAUAUUGAUGAACAGACUGCAAAUACAAGAGAAGCCUUCACAGCUACUAGGGACACAUUAAUAACAGCUCAAAAUAAAAUGCUGUCCUCAAAUAGAACAUACAACACCAAUAGGUCAACAAAGGACACAAUAGAGUUAAAUGUCAAAGACAGUGUUGAAGAGGUUAUGAGAGCCGGUAUGGAAGCAAUAUUUACCACCCGAAACAAACUACUCUCUCCCAAUAGAACAGAAGCUGUUGAAGCAUUAACCAAUAAGAACAACAUUGUCAAAACAGAGGACCCUCAAGUGAAAGAUGAAAAGGGAAUUGUGGUCGAGGAUAGACAUUUGUUUUAUUCAUUUUCAGUGCCAAGGCCAAGCUACAGACAGAUAGAGCCACAGACAACAGGUGACAUUUAUCCAAUGGAAAACAUCAUCACCGAUGGAUUAAUAGAAAGUGCAGAAAAAGAGAAAGAGUGUAUUGUGGCAGAAAAAGAGAAGGAGCCUGUUAAAAAGCAAGGCAGGUUUAAGCAUAUAUUUUCAGCGAGACAGAACAACUACAUUAAAAGCCAAAGAUAUGCAAUGAUGGAGAAUGGUGAGGAAGAGCAGGAGGUGGAAGAUGUAGAACCUAAAAUGGAGGUGAAUAAUAAGAAAGACAUGGAUAAGGAAGUACAGGAUACAGAGAAGGCAGUGCACAAAGAAAUGAAAGAUAGUGAAAAUAUAAUAAGUGACUUACAUGCACUUAAGGAGCUGGAGAAGGCCAGAUUGGGUGGACGCCAUAUCAAGGACGGUGAGAAUUUGAAGCCCAAACCAAUGAUAGACGGGGAGGCAAAAGCGAAAAACGAUUUAAUUUCAAGGGAGCUUAGGAACAUUAAAAGGGGUAUUCUUUCUAUGCGAGGAAACACGUUCGCUAAAAAAGAGUUAUUUGCGAAUAAAGAGAAGGAGCAAGCUAAGCAUGAUGUAUUCUCAAAGCUAGACAACAACGUUGUAGAUAACACAUCUUUGAUCAAUGACAAUUACGACAAGGCUAAAAUGGCACUUGAGGAAAUCAUAUCGGAGAGAGCAAAGAAACGUAAAAAUAAAGUAUUUAACAAUAAAGAACUUGAAAACAAUAGAGUCCCUGAUGAGAACCCUGAUGAUAGUUAUAAUGUUAGAGUCCAAAAGAGUAGACCAGCUAGACAGGAUUAUACCAGGAAAGCAACAGAGAGGAAACAAAAUGAGGCGAGAGACAGGCUAGGGGAUCUGAAGGAUCAUCAUCAGAUACAAGAAAUUCUUUCCCAGACUGAGACAAAACUUGGUGAAAAUCACCGAUUAGGUGCCACAAUCUAUACUGAACAAAAUAAACUGGCAACAAGAUAUAUCAGGGAGGAUCAAGUGCAAGAAAAAAUAAUCAAUAAUGUCAGUGACUCAGCAGAGGAGAGUGAUAGAACCGUAGCUAAACAGUUAUCUGUUGAAACAAGAGAUGACACCUCUAAAAAUGACGAGGCAGUCACAGAGGAGAGUCAACCAGACGCGCCAGUUAUCAAACCAAAGGUACCACCGAGGAGCAAGAAGGGGAACACUAAAAAAGAGGACAGCUCAGAGAAGGUGAAAGAAUGUGCAAAUGUAAUGGAUAUAAUUGAGGAGGAUAUAAAGAACAAACACUUUUCAAUUAGGGAUAGUAAAAAUGAUAACAUUCUACUAAAAGAGAACACACACGCAAGGGGCAAGAUCUCAAAUACAGAGGCCCUUGAUGCAAAGAUAAAAGCUGAUAAACAAACAGAUGCACUUGAAACAGAGAAGACAGCUGAGCAAGAGAAGCGUUUUAUACAAAAUAAACACCACGUUGGUCUGCCAGGAGAGUACUGCAAAUAUCCACAUGAGGCAAAUACCUGUUUUUCCCCCAGUGAAGAGAAGGAAAAAGAAAUGAAGGCUCUAUUAAAUGCAAGGAAAACUAACACACUUCCUCUGAAGAAACUCAAAGCAGAAAAAAUACAACACAAUAUUGAACAGGAACAACUGUGUGUGAGAAGGAAGGCCCCUUUAAAACCAGACAAGGAUCAUUCAAAACCUUCAAACCAAGUAAACACCAGUACUGAGGAUGAAUCAAUAAUGAAAAAAGAUAGCAUGAAAAAGAUUCAAGCAACUGAAGAGUCUGACAAAUCAGUUAGGAUUUGUGAAGAUAUUGUACAUGUUGAUGAAGUACUUGACCAAGAUAUUAGAGAAACAUUAGUGUCCCCGUUGUCAAAUGGCAGUAGUAUAAAUCCAAGUCAACAGAAUCAAACCAGUAUGUCCUCGAAGUCAUCAUAUUUCUUUGUUGAAAAUACAUUGCAAAGAAACCUUGAAACAGACUCAAACAUCUAUCAUUCUUUGGAGAAUUUGAUUGCAAAAGUAGAGGAGGUUGAGGAAGGAGUAGAGGAUGGUCCAGAACGUGUGAGAGGAGAUUUGGAGAGAAGGACAGAAGUGGAGUAUUACUCUGUAAGUGAUCAUAAAAAUAAGGACGUUGAAGACAAGCCAGUAGUUCGUCCCAGGCGAGACAGAGAAACAUCCCUGAAGGAGGAAAAAGAGCCGAGAGCCAGAGAGAUGGACAAAAGAGGAUGGUUCCAGAGCCCCAUGGACAACACAAACAAUCAAACACCAACAUCUCAGUCCAACGUCUCUUCGCCCGUUCUGGGGAAACCGGCUCUAUUCAAAGUGAAAGACAACAUAUUAAAUGAUCAUGUCUCGCCUGUAACCAAGACAGUGAAACCGGUUCUGGACAAGACAAACCAUGACCCAUUGCAGCGUGCGCCGUGGUCACCCAGGGAGAGCUUGAGUGGCUCUGAGAGAAGCGAGGAAGAGCAUCUCGAUCAUCCAAAAACAUCCAUUGAAAUGCAGUCACCCGAUAAUGCCGUCACCACACCAGACAAACACUUCAAACCCGAAGAUACGGCAUCUCCCCACUCUUCACACUCACUGCUGUCUCCCUCAAAACUAACCCCCGAGCACAAUCGGAAAGGCCAACGUGCGCCGUGGUCACCCAGGGAGAGCUUAAGUGGCUCUGAGAGGGGCGAGGAAGACCAUCUUGAAAUCCCCGAACUCCAUGCUGCUAGCAUUACAACAGACAAACACCUCAAACCAAGAGAGACGGCAUCUCACCACUCACCACUCACCCCACUGUCUCCCUCAAAACUGACCCCCGAAAACAGCCAAAGAGGCCAGCAAUAUGGGUCUUUCCUCACAGUCACACAGGAAUACAACAAACAUUCAGGGCUAAGCCCAUCAUCCGAAGAAGGGGCAAGCACAAUGGAUACAGCUGAUGACAUCCCAGAAGUUUACAAGGUGCCCAGCGAGAGGUCGGGUUCUGUCUGCAGCGGCAACAACACCCAAGGCCCCGGCAGACCGCCCGUGGUUCCUCCCAAGUCCGAGAAGGCCCUCUUCAAAGCCAUGAAGCUGACCACCAGGAGGAUCCAAAAGGAAGAGAAGGAAAGUCAACCUCAAAAGAGCCGCAGUAAUAGUAAGAGCUGUAGUAGUAGAAGUGACAGAAACAAGAGGGAUAAAUCAUUGGAGCAGAAAAGUAGUAGUAGUGAUAGUAGUGAGAAACAUCGUACUAGAGAGAAGCAACAUCAGGAAAGGACAGAACACAGAGGCCGUAGCAGUGAGAAGCACAGCCUUGGUGAAUCAGAGCACCGAGGCCGUUGUAGUGAAAAGCACAGGCACAAUGAAUCAGAGAGCCAGGCCCGUAACAGUGAGAAGCACCACAAUGGUGUACCCGAACAUCAGAGCCAUAGCAGUGAGAAGUCCAGGCAAGAAAGAACAGAGCCCAGCAGUCGUAGCAGUGAGAAACACAGGCAUGGGGAAUCGACGCGUCAAGAAUGCAGCAGUGACAAUCAGAGGCAUGGAGAAUCCGAGCGUCAACGCCGUAACAGUGACAAACAAUGUCGUGGCGAAUCAGAGCGCCAUAGGAGUGAGAAACACAGCUGCGAGAAGCCAGAACAGAGAAUCCGUAGCAGUGACAGAGCUGUCAGUGAGCAUAAAAGUCAGAACGGUGAGAGAUCCAUGACUGGGAGACAACAGCGCCAUAGAGCUCAGAGCAUGGACAGACACAUUGGCAAUAAAGCAGAAGAGAGAAUUCGUAGCAGUGAGACAUCUCCUAGGGAAAGACCGGAGCCGAGGAGUCAGCGUAUUGAGAAGUCUAUUAGGGAGGAGCUGUCUCAGAGGGGCCGAGCCCGCGAGAGAUCCAACAGAGAGAAACUAGAACACAGAAACCACAGUGUUGACUCCUAUGCCAGUGACGUUAUAGACUUGACAUCACCUCACCCUAAUCUAUCCCGCCAGUCAAGUUACACCAGCCAGUUCUCCCGUCAGUCCAGCAUCGAGCACUGUUAUGCCUCCUUCCCAAUGACCCAACGGAAGUUGUUGCAGGACCCAGACUCUGGGCAGUACUUCGUAGUCGACAUGCCCGUCCAGGUCAAGACGAAGACCUUCUUUGAUCCAGAAACUGGGAAUUACGUGCAGCUACCUGUUCAACCUUCAGAAGGCCCCGUGCCUCAGGCCUCCACCAUGGAGGUGAUGAACGCACCAAUGGUGCUCUACCACGGUUCCUUUGUCCCAGUACCUGUCUCAUCCAUCCCAUCACAGAAAUCCACUGUCCACCCCUCACAGCUGGACCAGGAAGACUUUGAACAGAUGCGGGAAAGGCAGCGGUAUAAACACAACAACGAAGGCCAUCCUUACCUAGAGCCGGUGUAUGGCUCACAAGACCACAUGCUAGGGGAGUUCUUAGGCACUGAGGACAUUUAUGACUGUAUGAACUGAUAGGGCUUUUAUCAACUUCGUGAGAAAAGUUUAACAGUGUUGAAGUGGAGUGUUAAUUUGCAUUUGUGGUUAAUCCGAGCUAAUGUAGAGUUAAUAUUAUAAACGCCAUUUGGGAGUGUCUGACUAAAUGUUUUUGAUGGAAAAUGACAGCAUAAAGAAAAAGACAUGGAAGUUCUAUGUACAUAUGUAUUUUCACAUGUAGACAGGAAGUUUGGUUGUAAAUCUUGAGAGGAUUUUUAUGAAUAUAAUUGAAGUGGUGUUCCAACUCUUUUCAUGAAUUGUUGUAAUGUUUUAUUGAUUUGGCAAGUUUGGCUUUUUGAGACUUUUUUUCCACAAAGCUGUUUGCCCUCACAAAUAACACAAUUUUGACAGUUUUUUUAUUUUAUUUAAACAAAAAUGACACAUUAUGUUUUGAUCUACGUUUCAGUAGUCAAUACCAAUAUCGAUUUCGUUAUUUUCAUUCUAAUAUACAGCAUGCACUGUGUUUUGCAUGCACGCGUUUAAAUAUUUCUUGCAACUGAAUAUUGAAAUUCGCAUAUUCUGUUUCAUGCUAAUAUCAUAAAAUGUAUGGUAUUUACAUUUAUUGUAAGUGGCAAUAAUUGAUAAUUGUAAAAUGAUUGGAAAUACUUGGAGAUACUUGGAAAUAUGUUUGGCAGUAUUUUGAAUCUAAUGACUAGAUAAAGCAGGGCUGCAUUUUGUUUUUGUAAAUCAUUCCAAUAAAAAAAACUUCU